AGCAGGGCUUGUUUUAACAUAACCAGAGGGGCAUUUCGACAGCCCGCGAAACAACCAUGUAGUAAAUAUGAUAUCGUAAUUGUUAGGGACUAAGGUGGUGUAGGCUACACUGACUUUUGAUGCACUAAAAUGGAAGGUUUUAAUUUAAUUUUGUCCAUUGGUGACUGUUUUGGAAAGGCCGCCGCUGAUGAGAUAGGACAGGAGGUGAAGGGAGAGAAUGAGAGCUGUGGGUCUUUCUUGGCCUAGUGCUGCUGCUGCUGGGAUUGUGCAGAUCCGCUUUCACAAAUCGAAAAAAACACACGCUUCAUGCCCCAAUCUGAAAGACCCGCAGUUGGUUUUAUUUUGACCGACCUCCAAAUGGAAGGAGCCAUGACAACAUGAAUCCGUCAUACAGAAGGGCUGUUCGGAGCGGCUCAGCAUCAGCCACAGCUUACAGCUCAGGCCAGCCAGAGCUGAGGCCCCCCAAUGGCCUCUCAGUUUCCACCACUUCCUAUAGAAACCAGUGCAACAGCAGCGCCAAGCGUGUCUCAACAGACCAACCUUCGAUGGCCAUGCAACUGUCAACCUCUUCCCUCAAACAGGCACCUAGCUACGGGUAUAACCAGGCAGAGAGGGCGAGGCCCCACUGCUACAGUCCUCUGCUGAGGCUCCAGGACCUCUCCACUAUGGUACACAGACCUGGGUGUGAUCUGGGACCCGGGCCCCAGCCCAAGGACCUUCAUGCCAGGAACCAUUUGCACUCUCACAGCCCAGUGGUAGGCUCUAGUUUUGAGGCUCCCCAGGUCCGACUGCCCCCCUCUCCCGGUAACGAGGAGACAGAACCGUACGAGGAUUCCAUCCGGGAUCAGAACGGUUUCUCUCCUGUUAGUUCUGAUAGUUUGGAGCGCUGCUCCCCCAUCCCCAAUGGAUACCUGCAUUUCGAGUCCACCUUGUUUGACAGUGGGGACAGGGAGGAUGAGGAGGAGGAGGAGGAGGAGGAUGAGUUGGUUCCUUUUCAACAACACUCUUCUAAGUCCACCAGAGACAGAACUGUCACAGACUCUAACAGCACCUCUGGUUCAGGGCUAGGCCAUAACAGCACAUACAAACCCUCUGUUCUCAACCUGAUGUCCAAGCGUCUAUCUGAGCUGGACCCUACUCUGAGCCCCAGUGCCCUGCCUGACAUGUCUAUGGGGGAUGGCUGGAGUAUGGACCAGGACUCCGACAGUGACAGUGAGAUGACAGGAGAUACACUUGACCAUGGUCUCAUCUCACCUGUUGGAACCAACUCUAAUCCCAACAGCCCAAAGAAGAAGCCCCUCCCAGCAGUGCAGUACGUGGAGGGAGAUCUGGUCUGGGCCAAGUUCAACCGCCGCCCCUGGUGGCCCUGCAGAGUCACCAUAGAUCCACUGGAGGGGACACACACACACAUGAAAGUCCCCAGUCGUCGUCCUUGUCGUAUGUAUUACGUGGAGACUGUGGGGGAGAUAGCUGACCAUGCCUGGGUACCUGGGAAAGUUACCUACCCCUUCACAGGAGGAGAGCAGUUUACAGACCUGCCUGUGCUGAGACGGAGAGGGAAACAGAGGGAAAAAGACUACAAAUACACAAUACCCAAGCGUCUGUUGGAGUCGUGGAAAGUCAGUGUGCUGGAAGCUGAGUUUCUCCUACCUGACCUGCUGAAGAAUACUGCUGUCUCUUCUUCCAUGGCCUCUAACGGUGAAGAGCGGGUGUCCACCCCACUGCCUGAUGAAAAACCAUCCGAGGCCCUCUCUUGUUCCUCCUCUAACCUCACUGCACCCCCGUCCUUCAGCCCUCACCCCAGUAGAAACAAACAUCUGACCGUAGUGAACGAAAGUAGCAGCAAAAAGAAGAGGAAGAGGAAGGGUUUGGCGGAGAUCUUUGGUCAUAUAGCUGGAAGUCCCACAGAGUCACUAAGCAUCCUAGACCUGGCCAACCAGACGCCUGCUGCCUCAGCUGAUCCACUGAAAGGAGAUCCCAAGGACUCUCCAUACGCAGACCUGGAUUCUGUACCGACCAUUGUACGUCCCAAACGGUCUGAGAAACCUGCUGAAGAAGACACAGAGAAACCGUCUGAACCCUCAAAAGAGGAGGCAGAGAAAGUGGGCAAGAAGGAGCGGGCUACUCCUCCUGAAAAGGAGCGGGCUACGCCUUCUGAAAAGGAGCGGGCUACUCCUCCUGAAAAGGAGCGGGCUACUCCUCCUGAAAAGGAGCGGGCUACGCCUUCUGAAAAGGAGCCGGCUACUCCUCCUGAAAAGGAGCGGGCUACGCCUUCUGAAAAGGAGCGGGCUACGCCUUCUGAAAAGGAGCGGGCUACGCCUUCUGAAAAGGAGCGGGCUACGCCUUCUGAAAAGGAGCGGGCUACGCCUUCUGAAAAGGAGCGGGCUACGCCUUCUGAAAAGGACGGGCGUGUGGUCGUGGUGGUCCCUAGGCAUGUAGUUCCCAUCUCCCCAUCCCCAAUCAUUUUAGCAAACAAAUCCCUUUUAAAUUACAGAACUACAAAAACCACAAAUGUUUUACAGUCAAAACAGAAGUUGGGCAGCUCUUCUGAACUGACAAAUAAAAAUGCUCUUGAGAAGCUCAGCUCUCUGCAGCUCCCUGCCAGCAGGCGUCUGAUGACCAGGGCCCUGAAAGCAGAGGAACAGACAGAACUCAAAGAGGCCCUGCUGGCCUCAAGCCAAAACUUGACAAACGAUAGGCUUAAUGCGCAUUCUUCUGAUGAUGAUGAUGAUGAUGUGAGCGAUAAUGUUCAGAUCAGAACAGAGUCGUCUACUAGCAGGGAUUCUUCACCAGACAAAACCAGAUCCUCUGUUAGUCACCGCUCUCGUAAAAAACACCCCAAGUCUGAUUGGAAGCACCUCCACAACGGCUCGUGGAAACAUUCUGAAGAUGUGACUCCAGGGUCCAGUAAGCCUGCCAUACCCCCUAUUAAGGUCAAGGAAGAGAACAUUGUCUCAGACAUAUCCUCCUGUACUUCCCCCACCUCCUCUCUCUCUCCCAUGGACGCUUUCCAGGAUAUCAAGGAGCUGUCAUUCAAAUCCUUAGUGAAGGAGGAGAGCGACUCUGGGGACUCUAACGCUAACUUUAAACCUGAGCCUAGUUACAAGUUCAGUACUUUUCUGAUGCUCCUGAAGGACAUGCAUGAUACCAGGGAGAAAGAGGGCCAGCCCCUGACCAUGCCUCCCUCGCCAGCCCUCAUCCAGGAGGAGCCCAUGGUCAUACCCACUGCCAGAGCACCAGACGACCCCCUGAACACUGCUGCUGGUGGGGAGUGGACACCAGUGGGGACCAAAAUCCAAAACGGCCAGCAUGCGAGUUCGCUAACACCCAAGAGCACACAGGGCAAACCCAAGUCCAGAACUAAACCCAUCAUGAAAAACGACACGUACAAACUUGAAGGGAAAACGGUCCUGGCUCAGAUGGUGGCGAACGCGGUGGAGAAGCAGAAGCAGCAGCGGAGGAAGCAGAGGCCUCCAGCCAAGCUCCGGGCCACCAUCGCUGGUCUCUCUCCCGAGAUGGCCGACCUAGCCUGGGGGAGGGAGUUUGUCUCUGGGCACGCUGACCUGGCUGAGCCUGGUCCUCUUCCUCCUGUGCCCUCCGCUGUUGACUCCUCAUCCUACCUCGACAAGAGCCCGGGUACCAAAGUGGCCCCUAAGAAGCGCUGGCAGACGUUUGCGCAGCAAGAGCCAGGGAAGGAUGCAGGGGCCCUGGGUGGGGUGGCCUCACCGCAGGGGCCUGCAGAGGUGAAUGGGGUCUACAGAGACGGCCAGGGAGGGACACCAGACCCCAUCAGGUCCCCUGAUCUGAACCUGGGGAUGGAGAAGCAAGAUGACACAUCAGCACAUUAUGAAAACAAACGGCUGAGGAAACCCAGCAAAAGACUCCUGGAAUCCACAGAGGAGGAACAAUUCUUCUCCCCGAAGAAAAAACUAAAGAAAUCUCUGGAAUCUUCCAAAACCCCUCUGAGCCCUUCUACAGCUCCAGGCCCAGCCCUGCUAACAUCCACCUCUACCCCCAGCCCCAACCCUGGCCCUACCUCUGGGGAGCCAGCCAGCCCCACCACUGGCCCUACCUCUGGGGAGCCAGCCAGCCCCACCACUGGCGCUACCUCUAGAGAGCCAGCCAUCACCACCCCUGGCGCUACCUCUGUAGAGCCAGCCAGCCCCACCACUGGCCCUACCUCUGGAGAGCCAGCCAUCACCAAGGCCCUGGCAGGGCUGAAACAGAGUCUGUCUCAAGAUGUCCUCCACCGUGUUAUAAAAUCAUUAUCCAUACAACCCCCAGCAGUGACCUCUUUCUCUACUGAAUCAUCAUCAGAUGGGGCAAACCCUCCUCUGCCCUCUGCCCCAGUAUCCCUGGAGAGGAAGAGGCCAAGGAAGCCGUCUCACAAGGUCCUGGAAUGCACCAUAGAAGAAGUGUCACUCAGUCCUCCAAAGAAGAAGGAGUUGAAGAAGCAGAGUGCACAGACAGAGGAGAGGACUGAAGUCAGGGACACUCAGGUUAAGUCUGUGAAGAAAGAAGUGCCUGUAUCCAGCUUGACAACUCCAGAGAGCAUGGUUUCUCUGCAGGCCUCCUCCCCUGCCCGGACCCCUAGCCCUACAGUGCUCCUCACCCCCAAGGCAGAAACAGAGAACAUCAGUCCUGGGGUGGGAGGAGAGAGCCACACCAACGGAGAGAGAACACCCAAACCCGAGGUGUUCUCUCCUGGUCUGAAUGACAGUUUCUCCCUACCUGGUGACGGGUCCCUGCUCUCCGGCACUAAGAAGAACACAGGAGAGAAAGGAGGAGCUGCAUCCAUGAAGGAGAAUGUCUGUCAGGUGUGUGAGAGGACAGGCGAGCUGCUGCUGUGUGAGGGCCAGUGCUGUGGGGCGUUCCAUCUGCAGUGUAUCGGCCUAUCAGAAGCCCCCAGAGGGAAGUUCAUCUGUUGUGAAUGCACUAAAGGGGUCCACACGUGCUUUGUGUGUAAGAAGUCUGGUGACGGUGUGAAGAGGUGCAUGGUGCCUGUCUGUGGGAAGUUCUACCACAACGAGUGUAUCCUGAAACACACACCCACCCAGCACCAGAAUAAAGGGGUUCGCUGCUCCCUCCACGUCUGUCUGUCCUGCCACAUCACCAACCCCCUCAACGCCUGCAGUUCCAAAAGUCGUCUGACCCGCUGCGUGCGCUGCCCUGUGGCGUACCACGCUAACGACUACUGCAUGGCGGCGGGCAGCGUAGUCCUGGCCAACAACAGCUUCCUGUGUCCCAACCACUUCAUCCCCCGCAAGAACUACAAGAACCACGAACACAUCAACGUCAGCUGGUGCUUCGUCUGCUCAGAAGGGGGCAGUCUGCUGUGCUGCGAGUCCUGUCCUGCUGCCUUCCACCAAGAGUGUCUGAACAUCGAGAUGCCCGAGGGGAGCUGGUUCUGCAACGACUGCAAGGCCGGGAAGAAACCACAUUUCAAGGACAUCCUCUGGGUUAAAGUGGGAAGAUACAAGUGGUGGCCUGCGGAGGUGUAUCUUCCUAAGAACGUCCCAGAGAACAUCCUCCGUAUGAAACACGAGGUGGGGGAGUUCCCCGUUCAGUUCUUUGGUUCUAAGGACUACGCCUGGACCUACCAGGCCCGAGUCUUCCCUUACACGGAGGGAGAUGCCAGUAACAAGGACAAGAUGGGGAAGGGUAGUGACGCCAUCUACAAGAAAGCUCUGAAUGAAGCAGCUGAGCGGUUCAUAGCGCUUCAGGCUGAGAAGGAGAUGAGACAGCUUCAGGAGGACAGGAGGAACGACAAGAAACCGCCUCCCUACAGACACAUCAAGGUGAACCGACCAAUCGGCAAGGUCCAGAUCAUCACGGCGGACCUAUCGGAGGUGCCACGCUGUAACUGCAAGGCGUCUGAUGAGAACCCGUGUGGCAUCGACUCAGAGUGUAUCAACCGCAUGCUGAUGUACGAGUGCCACCCCCAGGUGUGUCUGGCAGGGGAGAGGUGCCAGAACCAGAGUUACACCAAGAGACAGUACACCCAGGUGGAGAUCUUCAGGACCUUGUCACGAGGCUGGGGGCUACGUGGCGUCUCCGACAUCAAGAAGGGUGCGUUUGUGAAUGAGUACGUGGGGGAGGUGAUAGACGAGGAGGAGUGCAGAGCCAGGAUCAGACAUACUCAAGAGAACGACAUCUGUAACUUCUACAUGCUCACGCUGGACAAGGACCGGAUCAUAGACGCUGGACCCAAGGGGAACCAGGCGAGGUUCAUGAAUCACUGCUGCCAGCCCAACUGUGAGACCCAGAAGUGGACGGUAAAUGGAGACACCAGGGUGGGGCUCUUCGCCCUGGAGGACAUCCCCAAAGGUGUGGAGCUGACCUUCAACUACAACCUGGAGUGUCUCGGUAACGGGAAGACGGUGUGUAAAUGUGGAGCGCCCAACUGCUCCGGGUUCCUGGGGGUCCGACCAAAGAACCAGCCAUCUAAAGCACGGGAAGGAAAGGAACUGAAGGAGGGCAAGAAGAAGGUUCUGGUGAAGAGGAAGCCUCAACUGGAGGUGACGAAGGAGCGGGAGGACGAGUGUUUCAGCUGUGGGGACGGAGGACAGAUCGUGUCCUGUAAGAAGCCAGGCUGUCCCAAGGUCUACCACGCAGACUGUCUCAACCUGGCCAAGAGACCUGCAGGCCGUUGGGAGUGCCCCUGGCACCAGUGUGACAUCUGCGGUCACGAGGCAGCCUCCUUCUGUGAGAUGUGUCCCAGCUCCUUCUGCAAGCAGCACCGUGAGGGCUUGCUCUUCAUCUCUAAGAUAGACGGGCGGCUCGCCUGCAACGAUCACGACCCCUGUGGACCCGAGCCCCUGGAACCAGGGGAGAUCAGGGAGUACGUACCUCCUGGGGGCAUGCCUCUCCCCCACCUCCUCACACACCCUCUGGGUCUGGUCCCACCUAGGCCUAGUUCCACCACUGCUGGUUCUAUCCCCUCCACGGUUGCCCCAGGCCUGGCCCAGGACUCGCUAUUGCCCCCUACAGGGAGCCUGUUCCUCAAUACCUCCCAGACCUCCAACACCUCCUCGUAUGGACCACCUAGCAGUCCCUACAUGUCUGAUAGUGAAAUACUGCACUUCUCCCCUCCUUCUCCCCCCUCCUCUUACAAGGAGGAGAAAGAGGAGGAGGAUGGAGAGCUGGAAGACGGACAGGUGUGUGGGUUAGAAGAGGAAGAGGAAGGAGAGGCGAUGGAGGUAUUUGAGGAGGAGGAAGAGGAGGAAGAGGAGCAGUAUGAGGGCAGAGAGGAGGAGAAAGGGGGAGAUGUGUAUGACACCUGGGGGGACUACAUGGAUGAGGAGCCAGACGAUGAGGGAGAGGAGUGGUGGGGGAGGGUGGAGGACGAAGAGAAAUGAACUCUGUUUACACCCCCCCUUGUGUCUUCCAUUCCUUCUUCCAUCUAUCCAUCUCUACCAAAAUACUUGUUCUCUAGCUCUCAUCUCUCUAGAGUGACAUUCAGAUGGACAGACAAUGAAAGAGAGAGAGAGAGAGAAGAAAAGAGAUUGUCCUGGUGGUACCAAGCGAAAUACGAAGCUGCCUUUGUGUUCGUACUGCAUUGCCUUCCUAUCCCCAGCGCAGCACAGCGCAGCGUGUGGACUGCACUGGACUAACGUUGCAUAAGGGAUAGGAACUGGUGCUGGGGCUGGGAGACCUGCUCUGAUCAGGCUCUGGUCCUUCUGUUCAUAUGUUAUUAGUGUCUGGUGCUGUUUUUUUUCUUCUCAAAAGUUGUUUACAUUUUUGUUCUUGCAUUGUUUACGAUCGGAAAACUAAAAAGGAUGGGCACCCUCACUCAGCCACACCCUGCCUACACCGGCCAUGUUGCGUGUGUGAGCGUUGCUAAAUAAAUGUACAAAUACAGGUUAUUCAAUCAAUUCAUCCACACUGCUUGCACACGUCAACUAACCUCUUUGAUGCCAAACUCUAAAAUAGAACUUGGUUAUGUUUGAGACCCUCGAUGUGCUGUAAGUCCCAAGUCUCUCAUAUCCAUAUUGGUUUUCAUGAAGAUACAACCCCACCUGGUUGCUUGACAGGAGAAACCUGGAGAUAUUAAGCAAAGAUAACUAACUAGGUUUCCCUUUUUUAUCUGUGGAUUAUUCGUUGGAAUGGAGAUACGCACCAAUUUCUGUAUGAUCUGGGUCAAAAUUCUCCAAAGGACCAGCUAAGAAUGGGACCACAUGCAUGAUCAGGUAAAAUAACAACCCCAAUGUUCAUCUCCCAGGACAAACCACUAACAACAGCUAUCUAGCUUAUUGUCCAUGAAUGUUUCAUGUGUGUUUUGACCUGGCCCCAAGUUAAUAUAGUUGGAUCACAGUUGGUUUUGUUAUUUUAACCUGCGUAUUCAAAUAGACAAAAUCGACCCGCGCUCGAUGGUGCACACACACACGCGCGCGGGUACGGUGUAGCCAUGGUGUUCGAUUUAAGAGCUCGACCAGUUAUCAAGAAUAAUCAACGAUAUGCUUUCAAUGAUCACUGAUUAUAAAAAGGCAGAACCAACUACUGGUUUGGACUUUAUAACAUUGUUACAAAUCAACCCAAUGUUGAAAUCUAAAGUGCAUCUCUUGUAAACAGUAAAAAACACUUUUUGUCUACAGCAAAAGAUUGUUGAUAAAACAAAUCCCUAAUUUUUAAGAUCCCAGAUUGUUUGUUCAUUACAUUAAGAUGUUUAUGGCUGGACAAGCAGAAACAUUCCAAGAGUUCAGAACAUCACUCCUGUUAGUUGUGCGCACAUCAAUGUUUUGACCUCAAUUUAUGGCUUGCGUUACUGUUCCAUCCACAGAAUUAGAAUGAAAUGAAACACAUUCUAGUUCAAUGAUUCCAUCACCAUGCUCCAUCAUCAUAGGUCAUUAAACAAUCGCAUCUGUCAGGAGAAUGUCUAUUGUCUGUUUGGGAGAUGACACAAAAAAUGUAUAUUGUGAGUGAAAGUGAUGUACGUUUGAGUGCACGCAUGCACGUGUCUGCUGUUUAUAGAAUCAAGCAAUACUAGUCAUGUAUUAACUCAUGGCUUUUAGACUUUUUUUAAAGUAGAGUUUUAUACCUCUGAAUUGAGUGUUGUGGUGCUGUAAACAUUUUACCACAAACCCCUUAGUAUAGACUCUUCAUCUUCUGGCUGGUUGCUUGCAUCACUAAAAGACAGUUCACUGUUGGUUACCUGAAGAGCCAAGCAGAAUGUCUCGUUCUCUGUCAUAACUAAUGUUGAUUCAUCGGGCAGCUUUUCCAUCAGGGUGGUUUAUCGUCACUCUGAAGCUGUGAAGUGUUCUGAAACGUCUGUACAUUCUAGAAAGGUUGUUCUGAGACCUUCAGUUCAGAACUUUUGUGUAAUGUUCUGCUGUAAAUGUUGUGCAUUCAAACAUGUAGCAGCACACUUCCAACGCACAAAACACACUGGUCCGUUCUGUUUGGUUGCUGGUUAUGGUUAAAUUCCAUGAUAUAACAAUCCUUCCCAUGAGUCUCAUCCAAUGUUUUUGAAAUGAGAACACUUUGCUACAUUUUCAUGAAUUUUAGAAUUGGUUAAAUUGAUGUUUAGAAUUAGAAUGUCAACUAUGAGAAUCACUGGACAAUUGGCCUUACAAUCGCUAAUUUUCAGCCUUUUAAAACAAUCAAUUAUGUACUGAAUUCCCAAACAGAAGCACUACCAUUUUUACAUGGCUUGCCCAUCAAUGUGUCAACAAAAUAUCUUUCUGCCUCACUUUUGACAUCCAGGCAGAUAAAUAGAUGUAUGUUUUUUGUUGCCUAGUUUUGUAUUUAUCAAACCCAUAUGAUCUUUUUUUCUAAUGUUUUUAUUUUAUUUCUUCCGUUGUGUGUUUUGUGAUGAUGUUUAUGCCAACAGGUCUACUUCGAAGAGUUCUCUGGCCCCUCGUUUUUUUAGAGAGCUGAAACACAACAAUAGAUUUUCUGAAGAAAUGGGGGAUAUGUUUAUUGCUGCCAUGUGGAGAAGACUCAUGAACUGAACUGUACUGUACUCCUUUGUGUAUAAUAAAUAUUAUAAGUAAAGUUUUACAAUAGAAAA